AUGAAGAUUCUCCUGUUCUCCCUGUUGCUCAUCGCUUUCGUAUUUUCCGCUCCAGUUGACGAGCACUCCAAGGAGAAGGAUGUUAUCCACCUACGAGAGCGCCGUCGGAUCAGUUCUUCCGAUGAGGUGACCGAAACUCCAGACACGGACGUGGAUAGACGAAAGCGGGAGGCCGAGCAUGGCUGCGAUGAGAACCAAGUUCCUGGAGGGGAAGUCGCGGCUCAUAUCGACGUUCGCGACAAGCGCAGGAUAAAGCAGCCAACGGGUCCCGCAACGACAACGACAGAAGCCCCGCAUCAUGAAGAAAUCGAACAUCACGAAGCCCUGGAGCACAAUGAGGAGAAGCGCUCUGUCGAAGAACCUGUUGCAGAUGACCAUACCAGUGCUGACUCGGAAGACAGCGGGAAGAGCCAUUCUAAUGGAGAUUCUGAGGACGAGGAGCCUCUAAGCGAGGGCCACAACAUUGGCGACCAUCUCGGCGAGCACACCGAGCCGGAAGAUGGCUUCACUGGAGAAGUAGUGGUCCGCGCGAAGAAGGCCACCCACGGCAGCAAGCAUCCAGCCCGGCUGAUGCAGAAGAACAAGAGCAACUCGAAUGUUGGCGAGACUUCUGGAAUGCCAGGGGAUCAAGCUUUUGUCGCC